GAAUAUUAUUACAUUAUAUGGAUUCGAAUUAUGAUUUCUUGGCUUUUUGAUUGAUCUUUGGCUUCUUUCUUUCUUUUUGCAUUUCUUGAACAAGUUUGAAUUCAAAUACAAUUAUUUAUUUGCUGCUUAUUGGGAACACUCAAUCUGUUUCUUUAAAUUAGCCACAAAGGUUAUUACAAUGGGGGAUCACUUCGUCCUGCUGGUGGAUCGAUUGCUGACAGAAUCUACUUUGGAGGCUGCAAUCCAGUCGAAGCAAUCAGAACCAGAACCAGAACCAGUUGGGGCUGCCAUUGCCCACACAUCAAUCGACAUCAUCGAUUCUUGCAACGUUAAACAUUCCGAAGAAGCUCAAUUUUCGAACAAGAUUGUCGAAUGCAGGAUUUGCCAGGACGAGGAUUUUGAUUCCAACAUGGAGAUCCCCUGUUCUUGCACAGGAACCUUAAAGUAUGCUCACCGGAAAUGUGUGCAGCGGUGGUGCAACGAGAAGGGCGACACCGUCUGCGAAAUAUGCCAUCAGCAAUUCAAGCCCGGAUACACGGCACCGCCUCCAAUAUUUCGUGUCGAGGGACUCACGAUGAACUUGAGGGGUAAUUGGCAGAUUGCAAGAAGGGACAUGAACAACAAUCCUAGGAUUAUCGCAAUGAUUUCAGCCAGACAACAUAGGCUGCUCGAUCCAGAGGAGUACAAUGAUCAUCGGGAUUCUACUUCCCGGAGCAUAAUCUGUUGUCGCUCCGUCGCCAUAAUAUUUACAAUCCUCCUGAUUCUCCGGCACACUCUUCCGGUCAUUUUCAGCCACGCCGGCAGCUAUUCUUUUCCGGUUAUGCUGUUGGUAAUGCUCCGAAUUGCCGGGAUUGUUCUUCCAAUUUGCCUAAUACUGAAAGCAGUGACUUCCGUCUUGCGUCGCCAGCAGAGCGCGCAGAACGAUCGAUCGAAUUUCGCCUAUGACGAAGAAAUAUUACAUCAACCGCAGGUUGUCUCUGCUGCACAUUGA